AAUGUGUUGCUCAUCAAAAAAACCUAAAAGUGAGAUUGAUAAAAGUUAAAUAUCUAAACCUCCUCCAAGUGUUAUUAAUAAUCAAAGUUAAGUUCAAAAUUAAUAAGAAUCUUAAUUAGUUUAAAAUCAAAAUAAACCAAUGGAAGUCAAAGAAGUCAAUCUUAUGGUUAGUCAAAUUGAAAGUCCAAGAUCUAGAUAAUAAAAACUAUUUGAAAGUAAAGUUGAAGGAUUUAAAGAAAAAUAUGCUAAACUUCAAUAAGAUUCUACAGAAGUUCAAUUUAAUCAAAAACCUGUUGACCAAUUGAAAGCUAAAUUAUUAAAGGAACAAUUAAUAGAUCUUUAAUUUCCAAAUAAUGAGAUUAAAGGACCAAUGUUUUUAGAUGAUAAUAUAUCAAGUUAUAAGGAAAGAGGUGCUGAAUUUGCAAAUACGUUAAGAGAAUUUGAUGGAGAGAUAAGAAAUAUGAGAAUUGUACAUUAAACACCAUAUAACUCAUAUAGUUUUAUUGGACAUAUAAAAGAUAAAGGAUUAUAUUUUAUUAAGUGCUGGAAUUAAGUGAAUUUGACAAAAUUUCAAACUUUUCUCAUAAAUCUAGGUAAAUAAUAGCAGAAAGGUGAACAAUAUAAGAAAUAUCAUGCAUUUAAAGUAGAUCCACUAAAAGAUACUGAUUAAAAUAGUCCUAUUGGAUAGAUGUAUCUUAUUUCAACUCUAGAAGAUCAUAAUCUUUAUUCAUUUGCGUAAUUUAUUUAUAUUAUUAUAUUAAUUUAGAGCUUCAACUUAAUUUAAUAUUGAUUAGAAAUUGUAAGUGGCUCAUUAAAUAUUAACAUAUAUAGAUUAAACAGAUUUAAAAUCAUCAGGUUAUGGUAAUUCAUAAUUUUAAAAGAAAAUUAAAUUCAUAUCUCCAUCAAAUAUUUUAAUAUCAACUUAAAGAAAUAGAAUAGAUGUUAAGAUUUCAGAUUGGUAAUAACAUUUAAAAGAUUUUAAUGAUAUGAUUCCUGAUAUAGAAUUAAAAAAUAAUAAUUAUACUUCUUGUAGUGAUGAACCAGAUGAUUAAAGAACAUAUUUAAUAAAAUUAUUACUCUUAUUAUUUUUUAGAUUAAAUUUUAAGUAAGAAUAUAAUAAUAAUAUUUUUAGUUAAAUUGAAUCAUUUGGUAAUCUUGAUGGUACUGAUUAAUUAUCUAGAUUUAUUGAUAUAAAAUAAAUUAAUGCAGAUUCAAACUUUUAUAAAUCAUCAAAUUUUAGUAGAUAUAUUUAGAGUAAAAUUAAUUUGAUAGCAUAACCAAAUUAAGAGAAAUAUUAAAAAAUAUGGGAAGAAAUGAAAGAUAAAUAAAUAUAAGAAUUAUCAUUUUAUAGAUUAGAAAAAAGAGAGAAUUGA